CAAUAGAAAUUUCAUUAUUUGAUUUUUUAAUUUGACCAAAUAUAAUUUGACAUACAAUUAUAAAAGUGUCGCCUCUGGUUCUGAACCGUCUAACAGCCAGUCUUCUCCUUGUGACCCUGAUUGACCAGGAGAAGAGAUCCUUAGCUUUAACACAUUAUCUCAAUAGCAAAAGUGAUAGUUCAAUUGAAGUUCCUAGACAUGACUAAUAUUGAAUAUCAAAACAAAAACGUGGAUUCCGAUAAUACAGAUGACGUUGACAUAACAGUUAAAAUAGAUGACCUGCAAUCAAAAGUUGUAUCAAUUAAUUUAAAUCUUAAAUAUAAGUUAUCAAAAGUCCGGGAAAUACUUAAACAAAAUAGUAAAGUCAAAAUGGACGAUACAUUAACAUUUGCAUAUAAAAUUAGUCAAAAUAAUAAUACUAGAGGCUCACUUGCUGAAAUAGCAAGAGAAGAUGAAGAAAAGAAGAUUUUAGAAAACAUUAUUAAUAAAAAAAGUAAAACUUUAUAUUUAACGUCAGAACUCAAUUGGAAAUGUUUUAAAAAUAGACAUAAACUAGAAUAUGGACGUGACGUAACUUUUGAAAAAGCUAAUAAUAGAGCAUUUACAAUAGUGGAUUGUGAAAUGAAUGAAAUCGUUGAUGGAUACGAAAAUCGUACAAUUAAAAUUGAUUCGGAAGAAAAUAAGAUUAUAGAAAAUGAUUUGCUCUUAAUUGCGGAUAUUGACAUACCAAAUUUUGAAAAAUUGGGAGUAUCAUUCAAAAAGUCAAACAUUAAAAAUUCUAAUGUUACAAUUAAUACAACUUAUAAUAUUAUUGAACACAAAAAAAUGUCUUUAAAAUUUAAAUUAAAACCAACUAUAGAAUUCAUUGAAGCAGUAAGGAAUGUAAUAAAUUCUAAUGAUCCUAGAAAAUUUAAGGAUGUCAUAAGUGAAUUUGGUCAAUUUAUUUCAAAAGAAAUUAUUUUGGGUGGAUGA